AUGGAUUUGGAUAUACUUAGCUGGAAUUGCAGAGGGAUCUGCAAUGAUGCAACGACGAGAGCGCUGAAGGAUUUGUAUUCUCAGAAUUGUCCACAGAUUGUAUUCUUAUGUGAAACGAAGAUUAGCAGAAAAGAUGAUUUCGAAUGUCUACGUCAAGCAUUAGGGUUCGCUCAUGCAGAGGAGGUGUUGAGCGCUGAUUCAAAUCGGGACCAAAUCGGCGCAUCAAUAGAUGCAGUGGUAGCGGCGGAGGCUGGGUUGCCGUCAUGGCGUCUGACUGGCUUUUAUGGCUUUGCUCGUACUGGGGAGAGAGAUAGGUCAUGGCAAUUGCUGCGUGAUCUCUCCGAUCUUGAUACUUUGCCUUGGGUGGUGAUAGGGGGUUUUAACGAGAUUCUGAAUAGCCGGGAGAAGAUAGCCGAACCGGUGCGACAGGAGAGGCAGAUGCGUGGAUUCCGGGAGGCGCUAGGGUACUGUGAAUUACUGGAUCUAGGGUUUCAGGGAUCCAUGGCCACGUGGUGGAAUUCUGAUAUUUUGUUGCGACUGGACCGAGCCGUAUGCACCCCUUCAUGGAUUGACAUUUUUCACCAUGCUAGGGUUAUGCAUCUGGCGCCGUCUGAUUCUGACCACGUCCCGCAUCCUGACUGCGAUGGAAUUGUGAAGGAAGCCUGGAGUACAGAUGUUGUGGGCACUCCUAUGUUUUGUAUUAUGAAGAAAAUUAUGCAUACUAGAAUUCACCUAACCAAAUGGAAAAAGGAGGUCUUCAAGGGUAGGCAACUACAGAUGUUGGGCAUCUGUGCUAGGUUGGAAGAGCUACUAAAUGUAUUCCCAUCAGGGAUUGUACAAGAUGAGAAGAAGGAGCUGACAGAUAAGCUUCAGGACUUGUUGUUUCAGGAGGAAUUGUUUUGGAAGCAGCGCUCGAAAAUUACAUGGCUCAAGGAAGGAGAUCGAAACACCUGUUUCUUUCACCGUAAAACAGAGAAUAGGAAGCGUAAGAACUCUUUGCAAGGUUUGUUUGAUGAAGCGGGGCAAUGGCAGGAGGAUGAUAACGGGAUUGAGAAUGUGAUCACUGCCUAUUUUUCUCAAAUGUUUAAAGCCUUUGAAAUAGAUUUUGAUGCUCUGAAUUUAACCCUGGAGGCUAUUGCUUCUUGUGUUACUCAAGAGAUGAAUGAUCAGCUUUGUAAAACGUAUACCAAGGAGGAGGUGCGCUUUGCUCUUUUUCAAAUGUAUCCUACUAAAUCCCCAGGUCCUGAUGGGAUGCCUCAUCUUUUCUUCCAGCACUAUUGGGACCAUAUUGGAGAUGAUAUUUUUGCCGCAGUUCAUAGUUUUCUUCAAACAGAUCAGUUGUUGAAGCAAGUCAAUUUCACUCAUAUUUGCCUUAUUCUGAAAGUGAGUAAUCCAGAGAACAUGUCAGAUUUGAGACCCAUUGCCCUCUAUAAUGUGAUUUACAAGAUUUGUGCUAAGGUUAUUGCUAACAGACUGAAGCUAAUUUUACCAGAGGUGAUUUCCCCUUUUCAAAGUGCCUUUGUCCCAGGUAGGCUAAUUACUGAUAAUAUAUUAGUGGCAAAUGAGAUUGCACAUUUCGUGCAUAAUAAGCGGGAUGGAGAUGAUGGAUUCAUUGCUUUGAAACUGGAUUUAAGUAAGGCCUACGACAGGAUGAAAUGGUUUUUCCUAGAAAGGGUGAUGAUUCGUUUUGGUUUUGCAAGAAGUUGGGUUUCUAUGGUUAUGCAAUGCAUGAGCACGGUGCGCAUGCUAUAUGCAAAAGCUUCUUUGGAAUCCUGUGGUGCCAUACAGGAAGUCCUAGAUAUACAGGAAGUCCUAGAUAUUUAUGGGAGAGCUUCAGGCCAGGUGGUUAACUUUGCUAAGAGUUCGGUGGUGUUUAGCAAAAAUGUACCAGUUGAGGUACAGGCUGACAUCUCUGGAUUUUUGGGAGUGGAGGAGGUGUUCACAGUGGAAGAAGCAGCUGUCAUUACUGCCAUUCCCUUGAGUAGGAGAGCAGGACUGUCCCUUUACAAGGAUGGUGUUGCACAAGAAUGCCUUGCUUCACCAGCUGUGUGGAGAGCUCCUCCAGUGGGGCUGGUUAAGAUCAAUGUGGAUGGUGCCUUCCAUCAUGCUACUAGGAAAGGUGGUUUGGGUUUUGUGAUCAGAAAUGAGUCUGGGAUGAUGUUAGGGGGAGGUGCUUGGCCCUUGAGUGGUUUGAUUUCUCCGGAGCAUGCUGAAAUCUUGGCCUGUAAAGCUGCGCUAGUGUUUGUGGGGGAGCACGAUUUUGGUCAAGUUAUAUUGGAAACCGAUGCUAUGGAGGUUCGCGUCAACUUUCAUUGCAUGACACUGCUAUUCUAUCUUUACUGGGCAGAAUAUAUGAAGAUGUAG